UCCACUUUCCUCACGAAUCUCGCGAUGAGUCCGAGGUGCAGAGCCUCGGAUGGCAGCACGAGGAGGACAAGGAACAGCGAAGGGUUCUGUAGCAGCGAUGACGUCGGCAGGAUCAGGGGCCGAGGCAGCGUAUAGAUCAAGCACCUUGAGGAGGUCUCCAUCUCUUCGAGGCCCGCACCGAGGAGCUCGAAGCUAGCUGGGACGCAUGGAUGAGCUCUGUCCCUCCCUACUUGGUGGUUGCGCUUCCUCAAGCUUUUGUAAGCGCGACACAAGCUAACUCAAGCCUCUCUCCAACGAGGACCGGAAUGAAUCGCUCUCGAUGCCAGAAGUAUAGCAAAAAGGUGGCGCAACAGAGCAGCCCAACUGAUGACCUUCCUGCCGGAUUGUCUGUCCAAGGAGUCGUAAGGGUUCUAGCUAGACAAAUAGACAGAGCAACCACCCGCCGAAGAGUGUACUGCAAUGUGCAAUGAGCGAAGAGAUAGGAUGUCACUGCCAUCCACGAG